CCUGUAAAUAUGUCAGAUUUACAAUAUCCAUUCCUUGCCUUCGCUGUUGAGCAAUGUCCAAGAGACAAGACGUCAUGGAACGCUUCAUCAACAUCUCGACGGUGUCUUGAUGACGUCAACGGUAGGAGUACAUACCAUUGUGUCCCUAACCAGCAGAAGUCAGCGUUGUUUGAGUUUUGCUACAACAGACGGAUUGGACUGUAUGAAAGUGGUACCUGUUUAUACCUCACUAAUUCUGGCUAUCUUAACCAAGUAAGCUGCGCAGACUUCACCCAUGGUUGUCCCGAAAAACCAUAUUUCAGCAAUGAAAUAUUCAAACAUCAGAAAUGUUUAGCUAUUGACAAACAAAGCCAUUGCUACGAAGCAGCAGAGUCGUGUCGGAAUAAAACAACAAAUAGCACAGAUGAGUUUACCUUAAUACCACCAAUAACAUCAGAUUAUCUACCGAUCUUACUGGGUUUCAUGGUACCAAUCCUUUUGAUUGUCAUUCUGUUAUAUGCCUUAUUUAUUAAACUUCGAUGCAAGAUGAAUUUAAGGUACGAGGACAAUCUGGAUCCAGAACAGGAUCAUCUUCUCCGUAAGUAA